AUGGAACAUUGUAAUCUGGUUGUAUAUCCAUUUGAACCUGGCUCAAAGCUGCAAAAAUGUGAAACUAAAUUGACAGAUGAGGAAAACCUUGUGUUACAUCGCAUUCUUUAUCAGCAAGCCGUAGUAUCACUACUGUAUUUAGAUCAAAGCACAAGACUGGACAUUGCAUAUGCUGUGCGGGUUCUAAGUAGAUUCAAUUCUAAUUAUUGGAAAAUCCACUGGGAAGCGGUCAAACGAAUUAUGCAAUAUAUUAAAGGCACAGUCAAUGUAGGAAUAACUUUCCGAAAAAGUGGAACAACUGAAACUGAAGGUUUGUGUGAUGCGACAGCAGUUUCCUGGACUUCAAAACGACAACAAACCGUCGCUCUAUCAACUACAGAAGCUGACUAUAUGGCUCUAUCAGCAGCAGCGAAAGAAUCGGUAAACUUUCAGAGUUCACGAAUUGACAUCUCGAGAACUUGUGGGGGUGUUGGGAACAUUCAUAUUUUACUCUUUGAUGUGUUAUAUUAUUUUAUAAGUAAAAGUGUGAACAUGAUUCAAAACAUGGUAGCAGAGCGUGGUCAUUGGAAAGAAAAGUAG